GAGAUUGUAAAAUGUAGAUGAAAAAGAAUCGCGUAACUGUUGAUUUUCUUCAUUAAUUGAAAAAGUUUAAUAGAUGGCGUAACGAAUAGAAAAGCCUUUUUUUAAUGUAAUUUUUAAAUAGAGGUUUUAAUUCUGUGGAGAUAUUGAUAUUCCCAAGAAAAAAAAAGAUGCGAUAAUCCCAAGCUUCACACGAUCUCGAAGUGGUUGACAAAAACCAUACCUCUGUACACUUCUCUCCACACUUCACAAAGUUCUGUAAUAAUCUUAUCUAUCAUCAACCUGAUUAUAUAUAAGACAAACCAGCAACAAGAAAAAGAGAGAGGCACCUAACUUACACUCAACAUGUCGGAGAGAGAGAGCACGCGUCCCUUAUUACCAUCCGAAGAAAGAGCCUACGAAGAAACCGAGAAAGUCCACAUAGUCGGAGUCGACGAAGAAGACGGCGCCGAUUACAACGACGAGCUAGGCAGCAACUCACCACCCUUCUCAUGGAAGAAGCUAUGGCUAUUCACAGGACCUGGUUUCCUCAUGAGCAUCGCUUUCUUAGAUCCAGGUAACUUAGAGAGCGAUCUUCAAGCUGGAGCCAUAGCUGGCUACUCCUUGAUCUGGCUCCUCAUGUGGGCCACGGCUAUAGGGCUUCUCAUUCAGCUUCUCUCCGCUCGGCUAGGUGUCGCCACGGGGCGACACCUUGCUGAGCUUUGUCGUGAGGAGUAUCCAACUUGGGCGAGGAUGGUGCUUUGGAUCAUGGCGGAGAUUGCUUUGAUCGGUGCUGAUAUUCAGGAGGUUAUUGGUAGUGCUAUAGCUAUUAAGAUCUUGUCUAAUGGUUUGGUUCCUCUUUGGGCUGGUGUUGUUAUCACUGCUUUGGAUUGUUUCAUCUUUCUAUUUCUGGAGAAUUAUGGAAUAAGGAAGCUAGAAGCUGUGUUUGCUGUUUUGAUUGCAACCAUGGCGCUUGCAUUUGCUUGGAUGUUUGGUCAGACUAAACCCAGUGGAACUGAACUCCUUGUUGGUGCAUUGGUUCCAAAACUCAGUUCCAGGACAAUAAAACAAGCUGUUGGAAUCGUGGGAUGUAUCAUCAUGCCACACAACGUCUUCUUGCAUUCGGCUCUCGUUCAAUCAAGAGAAGUUGAUCCGAAAAAGAAAGUCCGUGUCAAAGAAGCUCUCAAGUACUACUCCAUUGAGUCCACCGGAGCUCUCGCUGUUUCCUUCAUCAUCAACGUCUUUGUCACCACCGUUUUCGCCAAAUCGUUCUACGGGACAGACAUAGCAGACACCAUCGGUCUUGCAAACGCUGGACAGUACUUGCAAGACAAAUACGGUGGCGGGUUUUUCCCGAUACUCUAUAUAUGGGCGAUAGGAGUGUUAGCCGCUGGUCAAAGUAGUACCAUCACAGGUACUUAUGCAGGACAAUUUAUAAUGGGAGGGUUCUUGAAUCUCAAGAUGAAGAAAUGGGUUAGAGCCUUGAUCACACGAAGCUGCGCCAUCGUACCGACAAUGAUAGUGGCCCUUGUCUUUGAUUCUUCUGAUUCUAUGCUUGACGAGCUUAACGAGUGGCUUAACGUUCUUCAGUCUGUUCAGAUCCCUUUUGCUGUUAUCCCUCUGCUUUGUUUGGUGUCUAAUGAGCAGAUCAUGGGAAGCUUUAAGAUUCAGCCUUUAGUGCAGACCAUCUCGUGGAUUGUAGCUGCUCUUGUGAUAGCUAUUAAUGGGUAUCUGAUGGUGGAUUUCUUCUCAGGAGCUGCCACGAGUGUGGUGUUGCUUGUGCUUGUGAUUAUAUUCGCUGUUGCGUAUGUGGUGUUUGUGCUUUACCUUAUCUCAAGGGGACUCACGUACACUCCUUGGCAGCUAGUGUCGUCUCAGAAAGUUACAGAGAGGGAUGAUGAGUAAGAAAUAUUUCUGCAAAACUGAAACAAAACAAUAGAAAGUUGGUUUCAUCACAGUAGUUUGGUAACAAUGUCAUGAUAUGUAUUUGUAAUGUUGGUGUUUAUGGUUUAGACCAUAGACUUAUGUAAGAAUACAUUCAGGACUUUCUUUCCUUAGUAUCUGAAAUGUAUACUUUGUUGAAAAUUCCGAUCUUUGUUGGAGUUUUUGGCAAGAAUAA